UUUUUAUUAAAGAAAACUUUUUUUUCUAAGGUUAUCUUGUCAGUUUCUAUAGGACAAAAAUUAAUAUUCAUCAGUUGAGUGAGUAAUACUGUAUAGGCAUGCUCUGUGUUGCUGCUGAAGUUGAUGGCAUACACACAGACGUGAUUAUUGAUGACUAGGACAUCGUUAUAGUCAGUUGUGUUAUUCAUCUGGACUAACAAUUUGUUGAUCGGAAAAAUUAAUCAGUCUUGGAAAAUAUUUUCAUUUUAAUUGGAAAUUGACAAAUUUUGACUUUUUUUAUUUGGAGCAUUUGGAAUUAGUUGGAUAAUUAGUUGUUUCUAUUUCAUCAAUAGAUUUGGAGUAAUACAAUUGUUAUCUGUGAUUGUAGAUGAACUAUUGGAAUAUUUCUAUGGGACACAGAUAGAAAUCAGAGGAUGAAAUAAAAGAUUUAUCUGCAGAUAUUUGGAACACAGACAUGUAGUAAGGAUUAUAUUGGAAGACGAUAUUGUUGUAGCCUUCCCCUUUGUUAAUUACUGAAGUAUGACAUAGAAACAGAUAUCAACUUCCAUAGUUUGCAGUGUAACCAUGACAUUCCUAAGUAGUUUAGCUAUCUUGUCGUUGUUAUGGACUGGUGUUUGCCUCUCAAUUUUAAAUAGAAAGUAUGGUCUGCCACCUAGUAUAACUUUAGAACCAAAGCCUGCCUAUUGUUCCCAGUCUGCCUGUGAUAUUGGAGAUACAGUCACUAUCUACUUUAAAGUAGAGGAGAAAAUAAAAAUUAGAUGUAAUGCCAGUGGACGACCUGAAGUAACAUAUAAAUGGACCAAAGAUAAUGUAGACUUUGAUACAAAUUCACCGAGAGUAAGUGUUGAAAAUGGAAAAGGAAGUCUAAAGAUAACCAAUGCUUCUAUGGCAGACAAUGGAAUUUAUCAGUGCUUUGCAACCAACACAAAGGGGACAGCACUCAGUAAGAAAGCUAAUGUUGUAAUGACGAUUAACGAUGUGUUCAAAUCAGUGAUUACACCAGAAAGACGUGAUGUCAAUGAAGGCAUGCCGUUGUCAUUAAAGUGUAAACAGCCUCAUGUAGUCCCCAAACCUAAUGUGUAUUGGACCUUUGUUGAGGAAUAUUCAACAGCCCAGCCUCCUAUAAUUGAAAAAGAUAAAAGAGUUGCAAUAGAUUAUGAAGGAACUCUUCAUUUUGCCAAUGUAAAGAAAAGUGAUGUGAUAGGAGAAGGAAAGUUUGUUUGUAACAUGCACAAUGGUGUUUAUCGUACGUCUAGUGAAGGAGAAGAUAAAAUUGUCAACGUAAUAUUAAGUGAAUCAGUAAAUGGAGUGACGUUACUAUGGCGAUCAGAUGCUAGUGUGUUGGGAUUGAAAGACGGAAAAGCCAAAUUCAUGUGUAUAUUUGCUGGAAAAGCAACCCCAGAUAUAGUAUGGAAAAGAAAGGGAGGAAAAAUGAACAGCAGAAUGAAGGUCUCUGAACAUGGACAAGAAUUGAUCAUAGAAGACCUUGAGUUUGCAGAUAAAGGGGAAUAUGAAUGUAGUGCUACCAAUGAUGUGACGUCUACACCAGUUGUUGCCACUUUCACACUACAAGUAGAAGCCAGACCAUAUUUUGUGAAGGAACCAGUAGAUGUAACAAUAGGGGUAGAAGAGAAUACAGAAUUUUUUUGUAUGGUAGAAGGUAUUCCAGCUCCUGAUGUGAAUUGGUUCAUCAAUGGCCAACCUAUCAAUGAGGCACCCCCAAACCCCAGAAGAACAAUUCAGAAAGACCGUCUAGUAUUCAAGAAUGUUACAGAUGGAGAUUCACAAGUUAUCCAGUGUAAAGCCUCCAACAAACAUGGAUCAUUGAUGGCAGAUGUCUAUCUAAAUGUGUUGGCUUUAAAAGCAUUAGUAACUGAGGGUCCUGGGAAAGUGAAAGUUGCUGAAGGAAAUUCUGUCACACUGAAAUGUGAACACAAUGGUAAACCCGAUCCUGCACUGAAAUGGAUGAAAAAUAAUGUACAGCCUCUUAACACAGAAAGAUAUGAAUUUACUCACAAUACUGUCUUAAUAAAGGAUGUCCUUAAGAAAGAUAAUGGUAAAUACACCUGCAUAUCUUCAAAUAGAUUUGGUAGUGACAACAAAACAGGGGAACUAAUAGUUAGAAAAAAAACUAAAGUUACUCUGAGACCAGUUGAACGGAGUUUGGCAUACGGAGAAGGUGCAAUAUUUAACUGCCUGGCUACCAGUGACCCUUCUGAACAGCAAUUCUUAGAAAAAUUAUGGUAUAAAAACGGAGAGCGUAUCAAUAACAACGAUGAUGAUGGCAACAUACAAAUCCUUGAGAAUGGGGAUACUCUGUCGAUUGUUAAAACUAGUAGUAAAGAUUCUGCUAAUUAUUCAUGUGUUGCUGAUAACAAAGUAGACUCAGACACUGGUAUAAGUCAGCUCAAGGUCAAAGCACCGCCAGAUCCACCAAGAGACGUGACUAUUAAAACCUGUGGUAAUCUAAAGGUGACGCUAUUUUGGAGACCUGGAUUUGACAACUAUCUGCCAAUUUCAAAUUAUGUCAUUUAUUCCAAGACCAACUAUGACAAUGUUUACAAAAAGAUAAAUGAAUUAUUAGGUGAUGUAAAUGAAUAUGAACAGAGACUGUCUGCCUUCGCUAACUACACAUUCAAAAUCAAGGCAAGAAACCAGCUAGGAGAAAGUGUUUUUUCUAACAUCACACCAAUAUGUUCUACAAAAGCUGCUAUUCCUGAACAACAUCCAACUAAUGUCAGGAUUAUAGAAAACAAGACAAGAAAGCUAGUUAUUGAAUGGGAUCCAGUUGAACCUAUUGACCAAAAUGGACCAGGUUUUAUGUAUGUGAUAAUUACACAAGAUAAAGCUGGGAAUAAAAGUUCAUAUCAGGUAACAGACUGGAAGACUACCAGGAAGGAAAUUGAUGUGGGUAAUAUAUAUAAAGAAUAUAAAGUACAAGUGAAAGCAGUGAACAGUAAAGGAGAAGCAGCAAUACCACCUUUGAUAUACAGAGGACAUUCUGGAAUGGGAGUACCUACAGUUGUACCAGGAAACUUUGAAGUUGAUCCAGACGCACCAUAUACACAUGAAACAAUAGGUCUCAGAUGGGAUGCAGUUGACAUGUCGGCAGAAGCAAUGCAAGGAAAAUUCGAUGGAUACAAGAUAAGAUACUGGCAUAUUGACCAACCUGAUAAGGUUAAAGAGAUUCAGGUAGAGGUUCCUGGUACUAAAAAAAACAGGAGGAGAAAGAGGAGGAAAGCUACAGUAGAAAGUAAAAUUAGGAGAACAGUUCGUCUUCCACCAAACUCUGAUCUACAGUUAGACGUUGUUGCUAGAAAUACAUACCUUGAUUCUAAUGGCAGUAACAAGAUCAAUAUAACAACUCCAGAGGGAGUUCCUGGGCCUGUACAAAGUUUAGAGUCCAUGUACAGAAGUGGUCAUUUUGUCAAAAUUAAAUGGGAAAAACCGAAGGAAGAAAAUGGAGAAAUAAUUGGAUAUGAUAUUGAAUAUGAAGAAAUAACAGGAUUAUUUACAUCUUCUGUUAUAGGACUUGGUGUAGACAAAGAAUCUUUACCUGUACAGUCUAAACCUGAAUGGGUUGCGGAAAGAAACCGGUAUGAAUUUGGGGUACCAGGACUAGAGCUUAAUACUAAUUACAGAAUAAAAGUUUGGGCCAAAACUAAAACAGGAAGAGGUGAAAUUGAAUUUGUAGAUGUCAAAACUGCUCCUGAAAAUAUGCCUACUGUUCCUUACAUUCUGGAUGCUCUCCCAGCUAAAACAUCUAUCAAUGUUUCCUGGCAGAUCAACAAAGGUGAUGUCGCAGGAUAUCAUUACUUUGUGGAGUACAGAAAAUAUGGAGAACACAAAUUUCAAUCUGGACCACUUGAAAAGAGAAAUACGUGGUCUGUCAUAAAUAAUUUGACAUCUGGUAGUUCUUAUGAAGUUAAAGUGGUUGCUGAAAGUGGGAAUUUUAAAGCUCGUAGUGAAAUUAAACUUGUAACGACAGCAAAGACUGAUGAGGUAGCAUCUGCUGUGUAUAAUGCAGAAUGGUUCAUCAUCAUGAUGGUUGUCUUAGCUUUACUUAUACUAAUAUUAUUUAUAGUGUGCCUUGUAAAACGCAGCAGAGGAGAUAAAUACCAUGUACAAGAAAAAGAGAAAUUAAGAGGUUUGGAGAAUGAUGAAAAGAAGACAGCUCAAUAUAAUGGAUUUAAUGACAAUGGUGAGACACAACCUUUAGCUGGUAGUCCCGAUGAUUUUGACAAAGGUCCCCUAGAAAGUGAUAAAGACAGUCUAGAAGAAUAUGCCGAUCCUGAUCCUAGUCGAUUUAAUGAAGAUGGUUCAUUUAUAGGACAAUAUGGUGCAGAAAAAAUGACAGCUUCCGAUGUGGCUGCUCCAUCAGCCAUGCAUACAUUUGUGUAGCAUUUACUCUGUUCAUUAGGCAUAAAUCAUUAUAAAGAGAAUGUGAAUGGAUCGUUGGAUGGGAAAUAUUGACGUGGGUGCGUUAUGUAGAAAAAAUUCAUUCUCACUUUGCCGAACUUUUUGAAAUAGAGACAUAAUUGAUUUCCUUGUAAAAGACUAGACAAUAGAUACGAGGUUGUUCUAAGCACAAAUGGAACGAGGAGGAUUAUAUUUAUUUCAAGCUGAUAUAAUAAUAUCACUACAUGCUGUCUAAACCAUACAGAGUUACACACCAUAUUUGCAAUGUCGAUGGAUAAAGAAUGAACUGUCAUGUAUCACUAUCUUAUAAGCUGUUUCAUCCUUGAUGUUUUAAGUUUUCAUUCCUUAGUGCUAUUAUUUUCCAGUUUGAUAUUACAGGAGUAAUAUGAUAUAAGCUUUACAUUCCAGUAAAACUUUGGGGACCAUUGAUGUGCUUAAUCCCAGUGAUUUUAAGUUAAAGGUUGUGUCGUGUACGAGGUUCGGCUAUACAUGUUGUGGAUAUAUAUAUCUAUAUAUAUUGAAAUCUCAUAAUAGACAAUUUGAACAAUGCUUGUAUGCUUGUGUGAACAAAUGUCUCUGAAUUAUAUGAAUUAGUUAUUGUUUUGUAUAUAUGUAUAUUAAACUUUGUAAUUAUUUUUUAUUUGUCUAAAGCGUUAGUUUUACUUUUAUUAACAUGAAAAUUAUGGGUGAAAUUUCAUUUGUCAGGCAUGAAUAGGAUUAUUAAAAACUGUACACCAAAAAUGAAAAAUAUAUUAAUCAAUAUAUUUUUUUUUUUCAACCUCAGUAUUACCUUGAAAUAGGAAAUUUGUGAUGAUACAGUUAAGAUAUACCUCUAAAAAAGUUAAAAGUUGUUGUAAAGUUAAGAAUAAAGUUUUCUUAACUUUAACAUAGAAAUAUAUCUAUCAGUACAUACAGUUUGAAGCUUUCGUGCUUCAUUUAAUCAAGGUCACUGUCUCAUAAUAUUUUUUUGAUUUGCCUUUGAUUUAAAACAUUCAUGUGUGCUCUUCAGCAAUAGCUUUCAUACUCAGUAGGCAGCCAAGACCAUUUCACUCCUACAGUUACGUUUAAGUUAUAUUUAUUGUAUAAACAUCUACAUUAAUGUUUUAGUUAUAUACUUGGCCAGGUAUUUAAUCAAAAGUGAUGUUUAAUAUGUUGAAGCUAGUCAGUAAAUGAAUCAAAAGUAUUUUAACUUUUGACGUUAUUAUUAUUAUUCACUUCUAGUUUGCUAUUUAAUGCAAUGCAACCAUUUAAACCAACCUAUAUAAGACUUGUAAUGCAGGGAUUAUAGAUGAAUAUGUAACACAACUGACAAUGAUAUUUUUAAUAAUAUACAAAAUGGUUUUAAAUUUGCAUCUUGCUUUUUGAAUUAUUUUGCCUACAAAAUUAAUGAAAUUGAAUGAUCCUAUUACUAUGCCAGCAAUAUAUCUACCUUCGAUGAUAUCCUACAGUAUUAAAUUAUGAGCCAUUUUACAAAUUGUCCAACAUGUCCAAUGUUAUAAUUUGAUAAAAAUGAAUUUUUGGAUUGUGGUCAACACGAAACAUUAUUUUUAUCAUUUUGUAAUAAAUGAAUCUACAGUAUGAAAAAAAAGUGAUUAACAACUUUAAUUUUGGAAAUUUUGACUAUGUCAUGUCUCAGUUCAGAUUAUCAUUUCCUUUAAACAUCUGUUCACUUCCCACCUGUAUGAUAUAUUUUGAGUGUAUAUGUGUGGUUGAAUAGCUUUAAAUGUGAAUUAGACAAGUCAUAUAACUGCCAUGUUGUGUCUACUGUAAGUCAAAUCUGGUCAUAAGAACUUGAUACUUCCAGCAAAAUUUUAUCCUGUUCGCAACAUUGUUUGUAUAUUUAGUUAGAUAGAUUUAAUAGAUUUAUACAGUUAUAGAAAUUUGUCUCGGGAUCUGUUUAUUUUGUUGUGAUACUGCCUUUAAAUCAUAAAAAUAAAAAUGGCAGCAACCUGAACAUUUGAAAUAAUGAGGAUGGUUUUGGCCUGUACUCAGUGUUGAAGAAUUGCCGAUCACAAGUAUUGUAUUAAAAGAAAGAUAAAUAUAAGAAAAACAUGAGAAAAUAUUGCAUGUCAUUUAUUCUGAGUGAUUCUCUCCAUCCAAUAACAAAAGAAACAAUAUAUUUAGUUCUAGCUUUCAUAUUUAUUACCAAGUGAUAUUGAGCGUGUUGAGUUAAGGAUAAUCCUUGUUUGAAUUCAUUUGUAAAUUUUACAUGUGUGUAAAUGUUAAAAUGUAUAAAUGUAUUUUUUGAUUUUUUAUGUUGGUGCAAUUAUCGCUUAAAUGUGGUGUUAAUUUUCAUUUUAUGUUUAGGGCUGUUUCAUUAAAACAUGCAUGGUACCAAAGGGAAGGCACUCUCGAAGUGUGGUAACCACCUUUAGUUGCAAUUAUAGAAUAUCACUUACAUUUUCACUGUACAAAAAAGUAUGUGACAACAACCCAUAGUUGAUUUCAAAGUGCCUUCCCUAGAUUUAGUGUAUGUUUUUGAGGAAGACCUAAGAGAAAAAUUCACCAGCAUUUUAUUACGGCUUACUUUUUUCAAGAUUUUUUUAACUUCAUGUCUAGACAAAAAAUACAGGUUUGGAAGGGUAAAUUAAACCAGACUUUUUCAUGAUAUACUGUGAUGCAGUAUUUAAGGUUGUUAAAAGACACAUUUCAAGUUAAAUCUGUCAGAAUCACAGAUGAUUGUUUCCUUUUCCUAUUUUUUGUAAAGAAUGUUUUUAUUUUGGCAAUAGUGUGAUAAGAUUAUAUCAUUUGUUUUUUAACUAUCAUUAUAAAACUUAAUCUAUUUAUAGACAUAUUGAAGCUUAUAAAGAAAAAAAAAAACCUGAAAUAUGAUGUUUGCAUUAUCUGUAGACUUUUCACUGCUUUUAUUUCAAAAGGUACUGUAAAUUCAGAAAUUAUUACUAUUUUUUAGGAAUUAAUUAAAAUCUGAGAUUAAUAAUUGUGAUUUCAAGAAAAUCUGCAUACAGAUAUUUGUAUCAGAUAUCAGAAUGCGAGUUCUUAUUAAUGCCACACUCACUCAGUCGCAUUAUUUGCAUUCAUAAAAAAACUCUCAAUAAUUUCUGAAUUAAUAGUAAAUGUUAAAUUAUUUGUGCCAUUUAUUUAAAUCAAAACAUUCUUAUUAGUAUUGAAUAUAGAUUUAUGCAUAUAUUAUCUUUGCAACUAAUUUAUUUUGUGUGCUUUUUUACGUAAAUUUUUUGUUUGUUUUUUAUACCAUUUGUUAGACUUUUUAGAGCAUUCACAUAGGUUGUUUUUCUGCAUGUUGAGGUCACAUUGUAAGAGCUAUCAUUCUAUUUUAGCAUUAACAUUUUUUUAUAUAAUAUCUACAUAGCCUAUGCCUUAUUCGAAAUCUGCAAAAGUUUUGUGUUUUUGUUUUAACUUUAGUUUUACAAGUUUUACUUGAUUAAAUACUUUUCAUCUGUCUCAUAUUUAUUUUCACACAUUCAUCUGUUACACCAGAACUAUAUAUUUGUUAAUCAGUGGUCAGUACUAGUAAAUUGUUACAAGAGCUUUCUAAAAAUGGUCAGUUGUUGAAAUAAAAUUUCAGGAAAUCUAAGAUGAGGUUAUCGUAAUGAAGCCUAUUUUACUUGAGCAAUUUUUUAUUUCAGUUGCCCAGGAUUUUUUUUUAAAAGAUUCUGUAACUUGCUUAUUGAGUUGACUUGGAGGAAGAAGGUUGGUUAACAUGUUUGUGGUUUCUGACAUAAAAUAAUCAAUGUGGCCUGAUAAUGUGUUGAAUCUCGUUUUAUUGAUUUAUUUUAUACAUUUCUGUUUAUUAUUUACUUUGUUAAGCUUUUCUUUGUUAUUAUGAUAGGCUUACUGCUGUACAAAAAAUGCAAUAUAAAUGUUUUGUGUUUUUUUUUACUUGUUAGUUGAACCAUAACUUUUUCUCAAAGAACACAUCAUAAUAAAAGCAAAAGAAUUAUUAUUUUCUUUUCUGUAGAUAAGUUAUAGAUAUUUCAAUUGACAGAUUAUUUUUCUCAGAAAAUCAAAAAUAUUAAAGACACAAGUUUGCACAAAAAAAAAACCCACAGAGUUAAAAGACAACUGAAGAGUUUUAACACUUAAUUUUAUUUUGCUCAGGUAUUAUCUCAAUGUCUUACUCUCUCAGGAUUUAGAUGCAAUACAUUAUAGUUAAAGUUUUGGAGAAAGAAAAUAGAUGAUGUUUGAAUAGAUCAUUUAUACAUUAAGAAUUAAAGAUAUUGUUUAUUAGAAAUAAUAAAGAUAUAUUUAUGAUAAAAUAGUUAAUGAUGGCUUAUUGUAAUAUUUUUUAAACUUGUGUGGAUUAUGAAAACAAUACUUUCAGAAGAGUUGUGUUUCUCUUUCAGUUUGCCAUCUGUAAUAAACUCUUGUCCAGUUUAUAUUAUUAGUAUUUUUUUCUUUUUAAUAUCUACUUUGUUGACAUCAAUGCAAAAAACGACAAGAUUGAAGUUUUUUGUCUUUUAGAAAUUCACAAAAAGAUUAUCUGUUCUCUAUCUGUAUAAGAUGCAAUAGAUAACAAAACAAAAUGUGUUCUAUUUGUUUUUAUUGCUUGGUUUCCCUUACAAUAGAAAGCAAAUAUAUGCAAAAACAUCUCAUGCUAGGCUUUAAACCAAAUAAUUUAGACAAAAUAUAAAGAUUCAUUGUUAAAAAGAUUAGCCUUUGCUUAAAAAAGUAUCAGAAGCUCAGCUAUAUAUAUUAAGAAUUAACAGUUACUUUUUUGGGGUUUUAAUUUUUUUUAUUGUCUAAUCUCAUUUUGGCUUUUUUCAAUGGAAAUUCUACAUCUUUUUUACAUGUUAAAUGGAUGUUAUCCUCUUUACUUAUACUUAAAAAUAUAAAAGACCAUGUUAAUUCAUUUUCCAGAGCAGUUAUUCUUAUAAUAAAAUAUUUGAAGUAGAAAGCUCUCAUUCUUUAAAAUCAUACAUUAUUAUGUAUGGUUUUCUAAUUGCUAUUGAUUGAGAAAAAAAUCAUUUUGUAAUUUGCAUAAGUUACUCAAUAAAUUGAAUCAUAGAAGUAACUGCACUAAAAUUUUACGAUCUACACAAAUCAUAAUCAUGUUCAUCUCGACUCUAUAGAAGGUACACAGACAGCUUUUGUUAGUGUUAGUAGUUGACAGAUUUAUAAUAGUAAAGCAAUGUAUAAAUCAUGUUCAUAUGUUUAUGUUUUACAUGCAUUUAUUUUUAAAAUGUUCCAUUUGUAUUGUUUGAUGUAUUUGAAAAUUCAAAUAAAGUUUAAAAUCUUGAAAAAA